GUGAUGUUGGAUAAAUAUAGGCGAAUGAAUUAGUAGAAGAGAGAAGAGGAACGGCUUGGUACCUGAGAGAAUGGAAGGCCUGAGAAAGUUGCAGAUGGAAGUGGAGGAGGCGAGAGAGUAUUAUUACAAGACAGGAAAAACAAGAGAUUUCUCAUGGAGAAUCACUCAGCUCAAAGGGAUUCAGAAUCUUCUCAGAGAUCAAGAAUCUGAGAUUUUCAAUGCCCUCGAACAAGAUUUGGGCAAACACCAUGUUGAAGCCUUCAGAGAUGAGAUCGGAACCACAAUGAAGUCUGCUAAUUAUGCUUUGGCAAAUCUCAAACAUUGGAUGUCCAACAAGAAGGCUGAAUUGCCGAUCAUAGCGCUUCUCUCGUCGGCCGAAGUAUCACCCGAGCCUCUUGGACUUGUUCUUGUAAUCUCCUCUUGGAAUUUCCCAAUCGGGCUUUGCUUGGAGCCGCUGAUUGGAGCGGUAGCCGCCGGAAACACGGUGGUCCUAAAGCCUUCAGAACUUUCCCCGGCUUCUUCUUUGCUUCUCGCAAAAACGAUUCCUAUGUACCUUGAUAACAGAGCGGUUAAGGUCAUCGAGGGAGGGCCCGAGGUCGGCGAAAUGCUCUUGCAACAGAAGUGGGACAAGAUUUUCUUCACAGGAAGUGCGAGGGUCGGGCGUAUCGUACUGUCAGCUGCAGCGAAGCAUCUUACUCCUGUGACUCUUGAGCUCGGCGGAAAAUGCCCCGCAAUCGUCGAUUCGCUGUCUUGGUCAUGGGAUCAAGAAGUUUCUGUAAACCGUGUAAUUGGGGCGAAAUUCGGAUCAUGUGCGGGCCAGGCGUGUAUAGCCGUUGAUUACGCGCUCGUGGAGAAGGGGUACGCUCCGACUUUGAUUGAAGUGAUGAAGGGUAGCAUCAAGAAAAUGUUCGGAGAAAACCCAAGAAAAUCGAGCACUGUCGGGAGAAUAAGUCACACGAACUGCUUCUCGAGGUUGAAGAGACUUCUGGACGACAAAAGGAUCAGGGAAUGUGUCGUUCAUGGCGGAUCGGUAGACGAUGAGACUAUGUUCAUCGAGCCGACCAUCUUGCUCGAUCCACCGUUAGAUUCGGAGAUAAUGACCGAAGAAAUCUUCGGUCCACUGCUGCCAAUAAUCACGUUGGAGAAGAUCCAAGAUAGCAUCGAGUUCAUCAACUCGAGGCCUAAACCGCUAGCGAUUUACGCCUUUACGAAGGAUGAAAAGUUUAGGAAAAGAUUAGCUUCGGAGACAACCUCAGGGAGCUUAGUCUUCAACGAUGCCAUUAUUCAAUACGCUGCGGAUACGCUUCCAUUUGGAGGAAUAGGAGAAAGCGGGAUGGGAAAGUACCACGGGAAAUACUCAUUCGAAGCGUUCACUCACUAUAAGGCAAUCGUACGUAGAAGCUUCUUAACGGAUUUCUGGUUCAGAUUUCCGCCAUGGAACGAUCACAAGCUCCAGCUUUUUCGAACCGUUUAUAACUACGACUAUCUCGGCAUGCUUCUUGUGGUCCUCGGCCUCAAGAGGAGGCUUUCUCUUUGAUUUGAUUCAUGACUCUGAGGUGUUUAUCUUAAUCCUUUGAACGUCAUGAUCUGAGGUUCACUGUCUUUGGUAAGAGUAUCAAAGUAAAGUAUGUUGGAUCUGUUGUUUGGUUCUACAUUAUUAUUAUUGCUCAUGUCUUAAUGUCGAGGGUUAUCCAAACCAUUAUUGGUUUGAAAUAUAAUA